AUCUGCUCCAAAAUAGAUUGCAUUAUAAUACAAAGACACUUCCUACAGAUAGUACAUGGUGGACCUGUGGUGCGUUUUGGAAGCUGUUGGACAGACAGAGGGUUGUCUGAUUAAUUUUUAAUGACGGGAUUAUUGACCCGGACGGUAGGUGGCGCUCUGAAACCGACGCCUAGCGGAGAGCAGGCAGGACCACACCGUUACUUUUUUUAUUCCGGAAUGGAAAGUUUGAAAGCGUUUCACUCGAUGGCAAAUUUAUGCUACAAAGAAAUGGUGAAAUAAUGCUGCGGAAACCAUUUCUAUUCCACAAAAGCGUGGAGGAUGGGAACACCGACUCCGGAGCAGAAACUGCAGGCAGAAACAUGGCCAAUAAAUCGAUCAGACUGCAGCAAAAUGUCUUGUAGUAGCAUUGACCUCAUGACUCCUCGCGAUCCCCUGCCAGUCGCCAUGCACCUGCUGGCCAACCCGGGUGACUCUCUCCUCCUCCAGCAUACACUGGAUCGCUUGCUUGAAUGGGUCUGUCCAGGUUUGCGCCUCUUCCACGUGUCUGAACGCGCCUGCCCGGUACGUGAGUACACCCGUGCUCACGUGUGCCCGUCAACCAGCUACCCAUCUCUAGCUGUCAUCUUUUUCCUGCACGAGUCCUACGGUGAAGAACGCAUCCUCCGUGUCCUUGACUUCCUCCAGCGCCCACCCUGGCAGUACCACCACACUGAGAAUGGCCAUGCCAGCUCGGAUGCCAUGCUGCGACCGUACCUGCUGCCUGGGCGGGACUUUUACAGUCUUGGCCCUGGUAUGCCAGUGUGGGCAGUGCGUCCAGUACAUUGUGGAGGUGAAGUGCUGCGUGUGACCCUGCACAGUGGGCAUGAGAAUUUUGAGGAUGCUGUGAGACUUUACGAGACGGUCCUACACAUGAGAGCUGAGGAACAGAAAGCUGGGUUUUGCUGGUUUACCUUACUGAAAGAGAGGACUUUCAGCGUGCAGUUAGCACUCAAGCAGUUGGCACCCGGUGUGCGGGUUGAGACGUGCCACUCUGCUGUACUGCAGUUCAGAGUGGGUGAGAUUGGCCAGCUCGUGCCCUUGCUGCCCAACCAGUGCUCACCUAUCAGCGUCACCCGCUGGCAGACAGAGGACCUGGAUGGUAGCAAGAUCCUCUUUCAGGUUAAAGGAGUAACACAGCCCCAGAGGCUCUUAACAUCCGCUUUUCCCCUAAGCUGCCCCACUCUUCCUAAUAGAUUGCUGUUGAGGUGCCCAGUUCCUAUCUCAGCCUCUCCGGGCACCAGGCUGUGCCAGCUUAAAGAGCGUCCACUGGGCAGCACUGCUGGAACACACAGAUUGGCAGGAGGUGCCACAGAGAGCUUUGGUUCCAGCAGUGCUUGUAGUACGACUCCUGGCAGCUCCUGCUACUCAUCCCAGUGCAGCAGUCCUGCAUUACUGUCCAUUAAUCUCUUUGAGCCGGUCACACCAUCCACUUCUUCUGUGGCCCACUUCAUGCCACAAGAGGAAGAAGAAAAGGAGCCAGAGACAAACGUAGACACAGGCUGUGCUGUCAUUGUACAAAGACCUGCUCUAGACACACUGGCAAGAGAUUUAAGACACUGCCUGCCAGAAGUACAGAGGACGUGGGGCGGCUCGGAAGGAGAUAGUCUCUCAGAUCCCUUGCCUGCACAGAGCCUCAUCCAAGAGCAAGAACCAGUGGACGAGUUCUUCAUCUGAUUGAAUAGUUAGUGAACUAGAGCUCUACCAACCUGAUAUUGAGUCUACUGAGUAUCAGUAUCAUGGCUUGAAUUGCUGGAUCCACAUUAAUACAGAUCUUCAUUAUGUCUUGAGCAUGUUAUGCUGAUUGACCUGACAUAGAUCAUGCACAGGAAACUUGUCUUGGAGCAUGUCCCCAUCACCGGUGAUGUUUUGCAUAACUCUCAGAGUUAAGGUGAUUAGUGUGAAGAUAUAAUUUAAAAUGAAAAUUAAAUUUAAAUAAAUUAAAAUGACUCAACUGCCUAUAAUCAAA